AUGCUCCGCCUUCUUCUCCUCUUUCUCGGAGGAGUUUUUGCAGUAAACUCUCUACGCGUCGCCGUCGUUGGUGAAGGCGUCAUCGGGCUGAGCACGGCGACAGCGAUUCUGGAUUUGGCCGAGAAGGAGAAUAUCACGGCGCCGGACAUCCAAAUCUUCCAUCACAAGCCAUUCGAAAAGAUCCUAAGUCGCCACAUCGCCGGUCUGUUCCGCAUCGAUAGCGGCUCGGAAAUUAACAAAAAAUACGGGUAUGACACUUUUGAGAAGCUCGCGACGCUCUGGCGAGAGUACGGAGGUCUCAGCGGUGUUCAACUCGUCUCCGGCCACAUUUUGUCGGAUUCAAAGGCCAAAUUGGAUUCUCAACGUGUCGCUUAUGGAUCGCUAGUCUACAACUAUCGAGAUCUCACUGAACCCGAGUUAUUCGGUCCUACUUCGUUGUUCGACCUGCCCAGAAACACGACGACGCAUGGGAUUCACUACACGGCAUACACUUCAGAAGGCCUUCGAUUCUGCCCGUUUUUGAAAAAGGAGCUAAUGGCGAAGGGUGUGCGGUUCACUCAGAGACGAAUUGAGAAUCUGGAGGAGCUUGGCGCCGAGUUUGAUGUGGUUGUCAAUGCGGCAGGACUGUUUGGAGGUGUUCUCGCUGGAGAUGACGCUGGGAACAUGACGCCGAUUCGUGGGGUGCUCAUUCGGGUGGAUGCUCCAUGGCACAAGCAUUUCUUGUAUAGGGACUUUUCGACAAUCACUAUUCCUGUCAUCGACUCUGUCUACAUGGGAACUGUGAAACAAGAAGGCGCCUAUGGUCCGAACAAUGUGACAUUCAACGAUAUCCAGGACAUUACUAGCCGAUAUGUACAGCUUCAGCCGUCCUUUAAGAGGGUCCACAUGCUCUCCAGCUUCGUUGGCUACCGCCCAGGCCGCAAACAAGUCCGUGUGGAGAAGCAGAUUCGCGAGGCCUAUGGACAGAAGAAGUUUACGGUCGUCCAUAACUAUGGUCAUGGUGGCAACGGCUUCACACUGGGAUACGGUAGCGCUGUGCAUGCGGCGAGACUCGUCUUGGAUCUUUCACUGGACAACUACGCUGGAAUUGUCCCAGAGCCACUGCCAGUGAACUCGACUGUUGGCGAUUGGGUUCAAGUACUCGAUGAUUAA